AUGGCAUCGCAAAGCUCACUUUUGGAGCACUGCUUUUCUGAGGAAUACCAGCAGCAGGAGAAGGAAGAGGAGGUGGAGGACCGGGAAUAUCAUCCAUUGACGUUCCUGAAGAGGAGGCCGUUGAUCCGCUCCCGGCACCAAGUUUCUCAGCAUUGCGAUUCUUCAAUCUCCAAUGCCGAUUGCGACGGUGUCGAGUGUUGCGAGUCUCCUGCUGCGCAGGGGGAUCACUCGGGGCUGAAACUCGACGGCGUUGCUGGCCAAUGUUAG